GUCGUUACUGAAAACCAUCUUUUCCUGUACCAUCGUCAGCAGCGUUGACACUUUUUAAUAGAUAUUUAUUAAAAAAACGUAUAUACUUGACGUACAUAUAUUUACUAUUUUUAACAACAAUAUCUGCAUAGGUACCUACUCAAAGUCUACUAAAAUACGUAGAUACAAUUAGAUCUAACGUUUUAUCCAUGCAUCAAAAUAAUAAUUCUAACAUGGUCAGAGUUGUGGUCUACAUUGGAUUUGUCAUCUAUGUGAUGGUCUUGGCUACAACUUGUUGCUGUCAUCCCGUGACGUCUACUGAAGUGGAAAGCAUAGCUCGACCUACACGACCUAAAACUUUCGGUUCACCAGAUGAAUUGCGUUCGUACCUAGACCAAUUAGGACAGUACUUGGCGGUAGUUUCUCGUCCAAGGUUUGGAAAAAGGAAACCUACGUUUCCAGUCAUCCCAUCCGCCAUCACAACACCAAGGUUACAACAGUACAUCGACCAUCAACGCAUGCUUAACAAUAUUAUAAACAGAGAAGACGAGGAAGCUUAUAAAUUACAAUACAAACCGGCUGCUAUAAGAAAUUCAAAAGACUUGUACGACAUGUUGUUUACGACACGUCGCGAAAACGGAAAUAAUGACCGCCAUCAAUACUAUUUAAUGCAACAAGAUAUAACGAACGCAGACAUUGGCUUAGAUUAAAAUUAAUUAUCAUUAAAAUGUAUUUGUAGAAUAAUAAUACACGUGUGUAAUGUAUUUGUAUUUCUUAAAAACUUUAGUCAUGUACAGACACUAUUGUACUAGUUAUUAAUAAUAUAAGAGUCUUAUAAAAUGUUAAUUAAACAGUAUAAACAAAAUCCGUAAAAAGUAUUAGGUAUAGGUAGAAAUCUGAAAAUUAUCUGGACGUUAGUAUUAUAUUAGCUGAAUUCAAUAUUAUAAUUUAUAAAUAAUAAAAAUAUCAGUUUGUUUUUAAUUUUUGUUCUGAAAUAUAAACAACUUUU